AUGGCUGCCGCUCAGACAUCGAAUCAGGUUGUCCUGAAGAAGUACCAGGACCUUCCCCAGCAGGGGUCGAUCAUGGCCGAGUACAUCUGGAUUGACGCCGAGGGUGGUACUCGUUCCAAGUCCAGAACUCUCGACUUCAAGGAGGGUGGCUACACCCCUAAGGACCUGCCCGUCUGGAACUUUGACGGUUCCUCCACUGGCCAGGCUCCUGGCGACAACUCUGACGUCUACCUGCGCCCCGUCGCCGUCUUCCCUGACCCUUUCCGCCUGCACGACAACAUCCUGGUCCUCACCGAGUGCUGGAACGCCGAUGGCACACCCAACAAGUUCAACUACCGCCACGAGGCUGCUAAGCUCAUGGAGACUCACGCCGCUCACAAGCCCUGGUUCGGUCUUGAGCAGGAGUACACCCUGCUUGACCUUCAGGACCGCCCCUUUGGUUGGCCACUCGCUGGUUUUCCGGCCCCACAAGGUCCCUAUUAUUGUGGUGUCGGUGCUGGAAAAGUUGUCCAGCGUGACAUUGUCGAGGCUCACUACAAGGCUUGCCUGUACACUGGUGUAAAGAUCUCCGGUACCAACGCCGAGGUCAUGCCUGCCCAGUGGGAGUUCCAGGUUGGUCCCUGCGAGGGUAUCGAGAUGGGUGACCACCUCUGGCUCGCCCGCUUCCUCCUCGCCCGUGUUGCUGAGGACUUUGGCGCCAAGGUCUCCGUUGACCCCAAGCCCAUGCCCGGUGACUGGAACGGUGCUGGUCUGCACUCUAACUUCUCUACCACCGAGAUGCGUGAGGAGGGUGGCAUGAAGCACAUUGAGGCCGCCAUCAAGAAGCUCGAGGGUCGCCACAUGGAGCACAUUGCCGUCUACGGUGAGGGCAACGAGAAGCGUCUGACCGGCAGACACGAGACUGGUGCCAUUGACAAGUUCACCUACGGUGUUGCCAACCGUGGCGCCUCCAUCCGUAUCCCCCGUGAGACUGCUGCCAAGGGCUACGGUUACUUUGAGGACCGCAGACCUGCUAGUAACGCAGACCCCUACCGAAUCACCCACAUCAUCAUGGAGACACUGUACGCAUAA